AUGGCCGAUUGGCUCCUUCAACUGGACCGGACCAAUCCCGUCACGACCCCCGAUCCCAGCACGACGGAGCCCAAUCACAUCGCGACGGGCUCGCUUCGCCAGAUGCCGUGCUGCCUCCCCUCACCCCCGUUAGCAGCACUAACGCGCGCUAUUGGCAUAACUACCGGCCGCAGGUGUGAAGGCUACGAACCUCAACCAGAGGCAAAGCCCAUCCGAUUCGUGACGUUGAUGCAUGUCACGUACCCUCCAAACGAGUUGCGCUCGUUUCAAUACUUUCAAGAGAGGACCCUGUCACAGCUCUUCACCUUCAUCCAGGAGGAUAUAUGGACCUCGCAUAUAGUUCAAACGGCAAACAUGCAUCAAGGAAUAUGGCAUUCCGUGGUUGCAUUUUCGUCUUUUCAUGAGAACUUUGCGCGGCAUGGCUACACUGGCCCAGACAAUCACGACCGCUUCGCACUGAAACAGUACAACAUGUCCAUACAAAGCAUAUUGGGCUCGGAAAGAAACUCUAGCAACGCGCAUGUGCAUUUGAUCUCGUGCAUCCUGUUCAUCUGCAUCGAGGUAGGAUAUGCGAUUCUAAAGGAGGAGCGGGCGCGUUCAUGUUGUCCCUAUACUGAAUCUAGCGGACCAUCAAGCCGCGAUCGGGACCAACUUUUUGCCUCUGCUGAUAUCUUUCUAAGUCGCAUUGCUACGCAAGCAUUCCUAUUGGUCAAGGGUAUAGAUCCCAGCCUCGCCACCGUGGUCGCAGAAAUUCUGGACUUUGACCAGUUCGCAUGGAAGGCGAGACCAACCUUUCACACACUCAACCAGGUCCAGCAUGCGCUAAGCACCCUCAGACUGGAGCUGGAGACAUAUAACCAAGUUGGCGUGGGAAUAGUGCCUGUCAAGUUCCGAUGGUGGCGGUCCGCCUAUAACGAGUUCAAAAAGGAGCACGCUGAGCAGCUGACGUCACAUGAGGGCAAACGAGGCAUUGCAUUGCUGGACCUUCAGGGACUCUACGUAGGCGUGGAAACCGCCGUCUUGGACGGGCCUCCCGGCGCGGAGGAAGACCCGCUCCGUUGGGAUGCGCACACGGAUGACUUCCGGGAGAUGCUGAACCACGCCGAGGCGGCGACUGACCUUGACCAGGAGGAUGGCUCCAACUCGCUCCAAGGCCCUCAAUUCCACAUGCACAUUGGUGUCGUGCCCAUUCUGUAUGGCAUUAUCCACAAGUGCCGCGACCCGGCCAUCCGCAGGCGCGCGAUUGCUCUCAUGAGGAGGUCGCAGCGCUUGGAGGGCGUCUGGGACAGCCAGGUGGUGCUCAGCGUCGCCCUGCGGGCCAUGGACGUCGAGGAGCAGGGCAGGGCCUUGGCUUCUUCGGCGGAGAUUCCGGCCGCCGCUCGCAUUCGGCGCAUCGCGGUGCUCCCCGUGCGCCAGGGGGAAUACAACAAUGCGAACCCCAAGUCGUACAUGGUCGGCUACCAGAUUGACCAGAAGUGGGCGUGGGAGCAGGCGGACAAUUUCCUGCCAACUUCGUCAUCAUCAGAACAGUAA